CAAGCAGGACGUGACAGCACCAGGAGGAGGAGUGUCAGGACUCUUUAAAGUGUCCCCUGAAUGCGUCGGUGAGCUGUGAACCGGAUUCCAGUCCAACAUGCUGCUGUCUGCUCUGGCUCUCAGCCUGUUGGCUCUCGUUGUGGAGUCGUCUUCUGGUGGAGGCGGCACCCCCAACCACAACUACGACCUGUCGGGGUCGGCCCUGACGAGGCUCUACAACUCUCCAGUUUACAAGGCUGAGAGGAUGAAGAGGCCGCUGGAGGGAGCUUCCUUUAUGUUGGGACCAUUGAGCCACUCUGGAGUCAGAGUGACUCUGGCUGACGGCUCUCCGUGGCUCGUCCACAAAGGAGGAAACUAUGGCAGAUCUUCUCAGACGGUGGUGACCGACGCUCGACACAUGAGCUCAGACUGGAGGGUUGUUCAGACUUUGAAUUUCCAGGGAACAAAGAAAGUUGCUGACUUUGUGGCGGCCGGCGGCUCCGACUACAGUCUCAUCUUUGAUAACUGUCACAUGGGAUCUCGUCGAAUGAUGGAUCAGUGAACGUGAACUGCUGAACAGAUAAUAAAGUUGAGAGCUCACA